AUGGGCAUUAGAUCAGAUGCGCAGCGCCGCGCAGUCGCUGCAAACCGACAGCGGCCCAACCCAGGCACCGCUAGCAGCGCCAAUUUCUGCGCUCCGGCAAAUGGUCCAAAGCAGCCCCUGCCGCGGGACCUGCGUCUGCGGAUCAAGCCCAAGCUCCACCCGACCACAGGGCGGCCGCAGCUGACAGUCGACGAGCUGGAGGGCCAUUCGCGCGUGGCGACCAAAUCCACAUACCUGCCGAUAUCCGCCCGGCAUUUGCAUCAGGCGCUGAAUGACCCCUUGUGCUAUAGAAUGGCGUCGGGGAUCGGAGCCGUGCGUCCCGAUAUCGUAGAACAUGCAGGCAAGGUGUUGCAGCUGCGGAUCCUGUCGGCUAUGCACCGCAUGCAUCUGCAGUUCUCGCAGCACGCCAAUCCGCCUGCGCCGCUGGUUAUUCCAGAGAAAGGCACGACAUUUGGGCAGCCGAGGUCGCGACUGGAUGUGAUUAGAAUGGAGGUCGAUGGGCGGGUUCAGCGCCAGGACGCCCGGUGGCAAUGCAUGUAUCCGCUGGUGGAACUGCCGCAGUCCCAUAGCAUUGACUGCGUUUUGCCGGCAGCAGGGCUACAAUGCAUAGUGCGGUUGCCGCCGCCGUUGCCAUAUACACGGCUGGCCAUCAGCGACCAGCCGUUGUCGGUGUCGUCGGAGGCCAUGGCGAAGAAGGUCUGGAAGACCCUGCGCAAAAUGCAUGGAAACUACGAACCGAUCGAGUAUGAUGUUUUGGCGCAAAUUGACUGGCUUGCGGUGCAGAUUGCCGGGCGGCCAGAGCCGCACAAUGAGCCGACGCUCAGCAUGCAGGCGCUGGAGCAGCUGUAUCACUGGCUGCCGGUGCUCACCCCGGGGCUGCAUGUUGAUGGACCAGUAAACCACAAGGGCAAGCGGGGGAAGAAGCUGCGGGCCAUAGAUAAACAGCCGGAGAAUGCGUGGCCCAGGCCAUUCAGAUCAGAGACACAGCUCACGUAUCAGUUUUCGCUGGCCGAGCCAGGGCUCAAGUACGCCCAUGUUGAUGGCGCCAGAACCAAGGCGGUGCCGGUGAAAGGCUCGGCAGGGUGA